AUGGCUGGGCACGACAUAAACUACCUCGCCGUCUCGGGGAUUCUCUCCCUUCUAGGCGGCCCAGCUGUCCAGCCUCCACAACCACCAGGUAACAUCCUCGCUGACUUUGCCGGAGGCGGCCUGGUCGCUUUUACUGGCAUUCUCCUCGCGCUACUGCGCAGGGGUGUUAGUGGAACAGGGCAAGUGGUCGAGGCGAACAUGGUGGACGGCGUGAGUUUUCUCGGCACGUUUGCGAGGUUGGCCAUGAAAACGCGGAUGUGGGAUGAUGAAAGAGGAAGGAAUCUGUUGGAUGGCGGUGCGCCGUUCUAUCGGUGUUAUGAGACGAAGGAUGAGGGGCGAUUUGUGGCGGUGGGCGCGUUGGAGCCGCAGUUCUUUGAGCAGCUGCUGCAGGGGAUGGGGCUGACGGAGAGGGAAGUACUGCCUCUGGAUGGGCUUGAGCGAGGACGGAACGAUAAGCGGAAUUGGCCGUUCAUGAAAGAUGUGUUGGAGAAGAGAUUCAAGCAGAAGACAAGACGCGAAUGGGAAGAGAUCUUCGAUGGGAAGGAUGCAUGCGUCACGCCUGUGUUGGAGAUGAAGGAAUUGGAGGAGCAGGGGUACGAGCAGAGAGCCAUGGUCGGGCUGAGCGAAUCCCCUGGGCGGGAGCCGAAGCAUCAGUGGGUGCCAGAGCCGCUGAGGCCGGGUGCAGGUGGAGAGGAGAUGCUGGGGCAGUGGGUCGGGUGGAAAAGAGGGAGGGAUUAUGCGGUCGAUGGCGGUGCAUUGGUGAAGCUAGAGAGGAGCAGAUUAUAA